AGUGUUCGUCGUCACGCUACCUAAUGUGACCUCGGUAGAAAGCGUGACCUUCACAGCUUAUAACAUCCGGAAGGUGAAGCUCUCCCGGAGCAUCAAGACACAACCAACAGACUUCGAAGACGUUUUGGAAAAAGAGUUGAACCACGCAGAGGGGAAGUUGCAGAGCACAGUGCUUUCGCCGGAACAGAUCUCAGCCGCACAUCUCAGGUUUACCAUUAUGGAAGGUCACGGCCACUUCUGCAGCGUGCACAAGUUCUCCGUCACGGGCUCCCAGAACGCGCCGCCAGCCAACCCGACCGCCGCCCUUCUCCUCAGCACCAAAGAGGAAACGUCUCCUCCUCCCUCGCGUCUCUCGUCUGAGUCUCCGGAGGAAAGCGCGGGUCAGGCGACGCAGAAACCUCGGGCGCCUGUGCAGGUAAUGCCAAAGGAAGGGCCUGUAACUAUGGUGGCAUCACUUUUCGAGGAGGAAGAAGAUAACAAAUUCAUUGCAGAAGAUAUAUCAGAAGAUGACAUACAAGAAUUCUGAUGUUCCUCGAGAAUUGUGUAAU